GUCGUCGAUCGGAUUGUUCGCAGAAGAAUCAUUCAGAAUAGAUCUGGCCGUUUUUUUUUUUUCAAACUCGGAUAAGAUUGAUAAGGACUUACUGCUUCUGCUGCUACUGCAAUGUUGUGAGCAAGACGUACCAAGCACUAUACUUCACCUAAAGUCUCAUGAAGCGUACACUGACCGGGGCUUCCAGCGACGGCGGUCGCGGACUAGGAGUCCGCCAAGUGCCGCUCUCUACCCUCUCCUUAGUUGUUGGCCAGGCGGUGACGUAUUUGCUUCAGCAAGUGAACGAAACGUCGGAACUGGAGCGGCGUCUGCAGGCCAUGGGAAGAAGAGUCGGCUUCCGGAUAUCACAGGAAAAAAGUGCUGUUACAGUUACACAUUGUGUUGCAGGCCAAGCAAGACAGACAAGCUCUGUCAUGCCGGAUAUGCAUAGGAGCCUCGUUUCGUAGGUGUUUUCCCGUAGGAUUUCUGCAUUACAAGUUUUCUCUCUCAUGCAGAGAAAUUUGUGUUGCUGAAUUGACUACAAAUGUGUAACUGUAACACUUUUUUCGUGGGAUACCGGACUUUCGAUCUCUACUGUUUGCGGUUCGGGGUGCAGAAGCGGGAGCUGCGGAUCGUCCCGUUUUUGCAGUUUGUCGCGGACAAGAUAUGGCGAAGCUGGUUCGGCCAUGCGGCGGAGGUGUUAAAGGGCGAAAAUGAAUACCAGCUGGCAGACAUCAACAAAAACGUGUUCCAUUCCGCAGUUUCCACGACCGAAUGCAAUCUCGGCAGCUACGUCGCAGGGAUGGUGGAAGGGCUUUUACUCGUGGCCGGGUUUUCCAACCAAACAACUUUUGUGCGGGUCACUGCGCAUCACCACUACCCCCAGGCACAGCCUGGGGCCGCAUUGCCUUUAGGGCCGAAUGUGCAGCGUGGCCUCAUCUUGGGCAUCGAGUUAAUGCCGAGGAGUGACGGAUAAGCUUAAUACCGCAGUGCAGAUCUGUUUGGUGGGCGAUGCUUUUUUCGUUCACAUUGGCAUCAGUUUUUUUCUUUGUGUUUCCAUCGUUGAUGUUCCAACGCGCAAGGCUACCAUACAUAGUGAAUUUUAUCAUUGUUCUUGUCGAUCUCGCAUCCGCAUCCC